CUUGGGCAGCAGGCAGGCGUGUGAGCUCGAAUCCAAGAGGCCGGAGACGAUGGAUCUGGUGAACGGCGCGCUCAACUGGGCGGCGAUGCCCGCCAUGGUCGCCUCCCUCCUGCUCUUCUACCCGCCCUACUACCUCUUCAAGCUCUGCUACUCCUUCCUCUCCUACCUCUUCCCCGACGACCUCAAGCGCAAGGUCGUCCUCAUCACCGGCGCCUCCUCCGGCAUCGGCGAGCAACUGGCCUACCAGUACGCCACCAAGGGGGCAUGCCUUGCCCUGCUCGCCAGGAGGGAGUGGAGCCUGCGGCAGGUCGCCGACCGCGCCUUCGAGCUCGGCGCGCCCGACGUCAUCAUUCUCCCCGGCGACGUCGCAGACCCCGACGACUGCAACAGAUUUGUUCAGGCCACAAUCGACCACUACGGCCGAUUGGACCAUCUUGUGUGCAACGCUGGAAUUGCGAGCGUGGGCGCUUUUCAGGAGAUUCCUGACGUUACUAACUACAGCCCGCAGCUUGAUGUCAACUUCUGGGGUGCAGUUCAGUCCACUUUUGCUGCUCUGCCCCAUCUUAAAAGGACCCGAGGGAGGAUCGUGGUCACCGCCUCCGCAACCGGAUGGAACCCUGUUCCGCGAAUGGUUUUCUAUAAUGCCGCCAAUGCCGCACUGAUUAACUUCUUCGAGACCCUACGGUCGGAGCUUGGUAGUGAAGUUGGCAUCACAAUAGUGACGCCUGGGUGGAUCGAGUCCGAGAUGUCCAAAGGCAAGUUUCUCAAGGAGCACGGCGGCGUGGAGGUUGAUCAAGAAUAUCGAGAUGCCCAAAUCGGUCUCUUCCCGGUGGAGUACGCGAAGAACUGCGCGAGGGCCAUGGUGCAGGCAGCUCGCCAAGGUGACCGUUACCUCACCGUGCCGUCAUGGUUCGGAACAAUGUACCUGUGGAGGGUGUUUGCGCCGGAGGUCGUCGAGUUCUGCUACCGCCUCCUGUAUAUGCACGGCCAUGGCGGUGGCGACCAGACCGACGCGCCGAGCAAGACGAUGGCCCAGGGUGGCGGGAAGCAGAUGCUGUACCCCUCCUCGCUGCGCUCUUCGGACGUCAAAAACGACUAGAAACUUACUAUAGUUCGCAUCCUUUGAUCGAGGACGUGGAUCCUGGUGUGCAGGCUAGUUUGUUCUCUACUAAGCUUUAGGUGUGGAUGCUACUGCUGGUUAGCUAGUUUGUAAUCCCGAAUAAGCUGUGUUCUGUGUUUUGUAAUAUUAGUGUUGUGUUGUGUGCUUGUAAUAUUAGUUCUGUGUUUGAGACUGCAUGUCGAUCGACUCGUUGGUGUCUCUGGAAUAAUGCUUUGCACUA